CAACCCUAGCGGGCAGCUGUUAGUCACUUUUCUUGGCUUGUGCGAAUUUUGUUAUCUUUUAUCGACAAAUCUCAGUGUACUAAAUUGAAAACAAAUACGGGGUAGUCAACGAUACAGAUAGCGACUAUCAUGUUGAAUUAAAAUCGACAAUGACAACAACACCACCUGUCGCCGUACAUCCGCUGACCCGCGACCCCACAGCAGCGUGGCAGCAGAUCAGCAAAAACCAACGGGUCAUCAAAGUGGUGAUGAAGCCACCAACGACGACGGUGGCUCCGAACAAGGCGCGUGUCGUCUGCAUGUCAGACACGCACUCGCUGACGCCCUACAUCAAGUUCGAUAUACCCGAUGGUGAUAUAUUCAUUCAUGCCGGCGACUUUACUAAAUGCGGCCAACUGCAGGAAGUCGUCGAGUUCAACAACUGGAUUGGGGCACUGCCGCACCGGCACAAGAUUGUGAUUGCUGGCAAUCACGAGCUCAGCUUUGAUCGCACCUUCACGCACCCCUUUCAGAACAAGGGACAGAACAAGGAACGCUCCAAGCACACGGGCAUGAGCGUCUUGGACGAUCUGCCCACGCUAGGCAACGACAAGGAGUGCAUGGAGAGCGCGGUGAAUACGCCGAAUAUACGCGAAGCGCUGACCAACUGCAUCUAUCUGGAGGAUGAGCUGCUCGAGUUGUGGGGCAUUCGCAUUUACGGCACGCCCUGGCAACCAGAAUUCUGCAGAUGGGCCUUCAAUGUACCGCGUGGUGUGGCCUGCCUGGACAAAUGGAAUCAGAUACCCGCUGGCGUUGAUAUACUCGUCACCCACACGCCGCCCGUUGGACAUGGAGAUCUGUGCUGCUCGGGCGUCCGAGCGGGCUGCGUGGAGCUGCUGAGCAGCGUGCAGCAGCGGGUGAAGCCCAAAUAUCAUGUCUUUGGGCAUGUCCACGAGGGCUAUGGCAUUACCAGUGAUGGUCGUAUCAUCUAUGUGAACGCCUCCACGUGCAACAUCAACUAUAUGCCCAACAAUCCACCAAUUGUCUUUGAUGUGAUGCUGCCGCCAGGUAUUAGCAAGAAUUAGAAGGUGCAGCAAACACUGUUUUGCUUAUUUCGACUUUAGUUGCCACUCAGGAGAACAAGGAAUUUAUUUUUAAUAUUGUAUAUUUUAAGUUAGAUUUGAUCAAAUGCUCAUUAAAAAAUCCCGUUUUGCUGCCAAUAGUUUAUUAGCCAA